AUGGCGACCCGUAAAGUCCGAUACAAGAAACUCAACAUCAAGACCCCUCUGCAGGUCCUCAGAGAGGAUCAGGUCGAUCCGACCGAGUAUGAGUCACUCUCUACCGAGACCCAGAUCGCGACCGGUGUUGAGCAGGCCGAAGAAAAUGAAUACCAUCUUCAGGUCGUCUUGCGGAAUGCGGGCGUCAGUGCGGACAAGGAAAUUCCUGUCCCACCGCCCCAGGAGACCCAGAACUUCAACUAUGAUGAGCUCUACCCGAGCAACUUUCGGCAGCCCACCAACUAUAUCCGUUUCUCGCAGACCGUCGAGGAAUGCAUAAGUUGCCAGUAUGACAUGACCGAGGCUGAUGAUGAGUUCCUCAAAGCGUACAACAGCAAGAGGCCGGCAGCCUCGCAGUUGUCCGAGGAUGAUUUUGAGUUCAUCAUGGAGGUGUUUGAGGACACCGCUGCCGUCCAGGCCCCCUUCGCCGCGGUAGACAACACCGUGGUACCAUAUGACAUGAUGGUCCAGGGCCUGACACAGCUAGACACAGCCAAGAUCAUGCCUCAUGCCAAGGAGAUCUAUGAGCAUUGGAAAACCCAGAGGCAGGUCAUGGGCAACCGAUCGCUGCAUCCGACCCUCAAGUUUGAAACACAUCAGGACAGUGAUGAGAUGGACCCCUAUGUGUGCUUCAGGAGACGUGAAGUCCGGCAGACUCGCAAGACCAGGGCACGCGACGUGCAGAGCGCAGACAAGCUCAAGCGGCUGCGUCGCGAGCUUGAGGAUGGUCGCCAGCUCAUUAUGCUGUCCCACGAGCGCGAGAUGCUCAAGCGAGAGCUUCUGAACACGGAUCGUCUCGUGUAUGAGCACAGAGCCAGGCUGAAGGAAGCAAAGGUUCGGCUGGGCAUCAAAGCCCACGACGAGGACCUGAUCAACCAGAAGGUAAGCAAGAAGGCGGACACCAAUGGACCUCGCCAAAUGCUGACUCGUUUCUCGUUGCAGCCCCAGAAAAGAAAGGCCCCAGAAGCACCUGUUGUACAACGGCCUCCUGGAACACAACUGCGCAUGCCUCCUCGCUCCGACGGACGCGCUGCGGAGGCUGAUCUCACGCUGCUGGCGACCAAGCUUGCUGAGAAGGAGAACGAGAUGCUCAUGGACAUCAAGACCAAGAGCGAAAACCACCACAGAUGGAACCAGAACCACGUAGACUUGACCCGUGAUCCACUUGGUCCCGUGCCUGGUCGGAAGGUCGAGAGCUAUAGACCGGCCAAGGUCCAGUAUCUCAUGACCCCGCCCACUUCGGCAUCUUCCGCGGAAGGUCUCGAUGAGCCUACCGCCAUGGAUCUGGACGACCCGGCACACCCUGCGCCUGUAUUCCAGUUCCGUGGGGUUGCUUCCAAAGAUCAGGACGCUGCGCCGGUGCAGAGGGGUUUCAGACGGCGCAUUGGACGUCUCAACCGGCUGUGGAUCGACCGCAAAGGCUUGGCCAGUCCGCCGGGAGAAAGUCAGGGCCGGGAAUACUCGGACCAGUGGAAGUACGAUGACGAGGACAGUGACGAGGAACAGCCAGUGUACAACGUGGACCCGUUUGAUCUCCGCGCUCUCAAGUUCAGGGCGACGAUACCGCUGUUUCCGUCGGUGGCUCGCAAACCUCAGGCUGAGGGAGCAGCAAGUGGUGGAGCAGGAGCAAGACCGGCGCUGCCGCCAGCGCAACAGCAGCAGCAGCAGCAGCAGCAGUCUCAGCCCCAGGCGCAGCCAUCAGCUUCCUAA